ACCAAGGGGAGAGCCGCUGGUUCUGCGCGGGUCGGCGGGCGCCCCACAGCCCCGGAGCCGCCACCCAGCAUCACACAGACCCCACCCCCGCCUGCGCCAGGCUCCACCCCAGCCCAGGACCCUCAUCACUAGCAUGGACUGCUGCACCGAGAGCGCCUGCUCCAAGCCGGACGACGACAUUCUAGACAUCCCGCUGGACGAUCCUGGUGCCAAUGCGGCCGCUGCCAAAAUCCAAGCGAGUUUCCGGGGCCACAUGGCGCGGAAGAAGAUAAAGAGUGGAGAGCGCGGCCGGAAGGGCCCGGGCCCCGGGGGCCCAGGAGGAGCUGGGGGCGCCCGGGGAGGCGCGGGCGGCGACCCCAGCGGAGACUAAGGCAGAACUGAGCAUUUUCGAAGUUCCCAAGGAGAGAUGGAUGCCGCGUCCCCUUCGCAGUGACGAGAAUUUCCAACCGUGUUGUGACCCCCUCUUUGCCACCAACCUGCCAGCUUCAGGAGCCCCCUGCGUCCCAGAGACUCCCUUUCCCAGGCAGGCUUCGUCGCAAGGUUGCCCAGUCCGUGCCCUUUUAGUUAACACUCCAGUCUAACGUGGUCCCCAUUCGCGUUUCCCACCCCCCAAAAAACCCCGCGCUCCCAAAUUCCCCUUCUUUUGCUUCUCGCCCACUUCUCCCUGCACCCAGCAUGCAGCUCUGCCUCCGCAGCCUCGGUGCGCUCCCCUGCGCACACGGCGGGGGGCGCCCUGAGCGUCGCUCGAGUCACUCACUUGAAAAAGAAAAAAAAAGUCCUUUCGUUCUGCGCGCAUCGAAAGGGGGCGCCCUGCGUUUCUGUGCAGUUCCCGCCCUAUCCUGGCCCCAGAACUUUGGAUCUGGAGCAAGCAAAGAGGGUUUUCAUGGUGUCGGAUGCCCCUUGCUCUGAUCAGAAGGGAAAUCCCUAUUCUACACCUGCCUGUCAUGUACCCUUCCGGGCCCUCAGCAGCACCCCAGUAGCCUCAAGCUCUCCAGCUGUUUCUGCAAACGCCGAGCGCCUGGAGGCUCAGUAGGAGGAGUCUUCCGCGGCCCCGCCCCUGCCCCUGCCCCCGCCGACCCCGCCCCACUGGGCUCCUGGGGCUGUGGCCGGAAGGUUUUUAAUCUAUGCGUGUGCAUGUGACUGUGCUGGGUUGGAAUGUGAACAAUAAAGAGGAAUGUCCAAGU